CCUAAUUCAAUUCUCGCGCACAAGGCCCACUCAGCAGACAUUCUUUCUUGUCCGUCCAUGGGACCGUCGUCUCCUUGGGCUGCCUGAUUUUUCAGAGCAGCUCACCUUUACAGGCGAAGGGGAGAGCGUAAGGGAUUGGUCCGAGUCCCAGUCUGAAUUGAACGACACUGACGAGCGGUCUAGCAACCCACCUGGAGAAGAGGAGUUGUCUAUUGACUCGGAUGUUCACUCACGAUCAUUGCGUUUGAUGGUUCACCUUGGGCAGGCUUUCAGCGCACUUUUGGUAGCGCAGCAACGCGUUGGAGAAUACAAGAGGGUCGCGUCGGACCAUAAUAUCAUUGCGCAGGUGAAAGACCCGGCUUCGAUUGACAUUAUGAACAUCAAGACCCUAGACAUAUUGUAGCUGAUUGGUUUUUUUCACAACACGUCGACGAUCACAUUAUCAUAGCCUCAUAUAUCAUACAUACCCUGCAAAUGACCCUCGCAAAUACAAGAUUUCAAAAUUUGAC